AUGUCAGAAGCUGCUGAUGAUUCGAUAAUCAAAAUUGAACCACAAGAAUAUCCAAUCGAAGACAUUAAAAGGGAAAUUGAGGAAGAGUAUGAAUCGUGUUCAGAGGAUGACAAAACAUGUCUAAACAGAUUUAUGAACUCCGUAGUGAAAAUAAAAGAAGAAGUUGAACAGGAAUUAAUUCAGACUGCUUCUUAUAAAUGUGACAAGUGUGAUAGAACAUUUAGAAAGUUGCAUUAUUUAGAACAGCAUAUGGUAAAUUAUUGUCAUAAGUGUACAUAUUGUUCAAAGACUUUUUCAGAUGCAAGUGCAUUAGAAAUGCAUUUAAAAUUUCAUACAAGUGAAAAAAAUUUCACAUGUAUAAAGUGCAGUAAAACAUUUACUCAUUUAGAUCAACACAUUUGUGCUCAUGCCAAAGAACAAGUUUCACAUUUGAAUGAAUCUGGUAAUCGAAAACGAAAUAUUUGUGCUCAUACAGCAAAGGAACCAGGUGAACGUCCCUGUAUUUGCCAAAUAUGUGAUAAGGCAUUCUCACGAUUGGGUACUUUGAAUAAACAUAUGCUAAUUCACACUGGUAAGACAUUUACAGAAUCAAGUAACUUGAAUAAACAUAUGUCCAUACACACAGAUGGACGCCCCUAUAUUUGCAAAAUAUGUGAAAAGACAUUCAGACACUCGUGUAGCAUGAAUAGACAUAUGCUCAUUCACACUGGUGACCGUCCCCAUAUUUGCAAAAUAUGUAAAAAGGCAUUCAAAGAUUUGAAUGAUUUGAAUAAACAUACACUUAUUCACACUGGUGAACGGCCACAUAUUUGCAAAAUAUGUAAAAAAGCAUUCACACAAUCGGGUAACUUGAAUCAACAUAUGCUAAUACACACUGGUGAACGGCCCUAUAUUUGCAAAAUAUGUGAAAAGACAUACGCACAAAUGGGUACCUUGAAUAAACAUAUGCUCAUCCACACUGGUGAACGUCCCCAUGUUUGCCAAAUUUGUGAUAAGACAUUCAGACACUCGCGUAGCAUGAAUAGACAUAUGCUAAUUCACACUGGUGACCGUCCCCAUAUUUGCAAAAUAUGUAAAAAGGCAUUUAAAGAUUUGAAUGAUUUGAAUAAACAUACACUUAUUCACACUGGUGAACGGCCACAUAUUUGCAAAAUAUGUAAAAAAGCAUUCACACAAUCGGGUAACUUGAAUCAACAUAUGCUAAUACACACUGGUGAACGGCCCUAUAUUUGCCAAAUUUGUGAUAAGACAUUCACACGAUUGGAUAUCUUGAAUAGACAUAUGUCCAUCCACACUGGUGAACAUCCCUAUAUUUGCAAAAUAUGUAAAAAGGCAUUCACACAAUCGGGUAACUUGAAUAAACAUAUGCUAAUUCACACUGGGGUACGUCUCCAUAUUUGCAAAAUAUGUGAUAAGAAAUUCACACAUUUGAGUUACUUGAAUCAACAUAUGCUAAUACACACUGGUGAACGCCACCAUAUUUGCCAAAUCUGUGAUAAGUCAUUCACACGAUUGGGUACCUUGAAUAGACAUAUGCUCAUUCACACUGGUGAACGGCCACAUAUUUGCAAAAUUUGUGAUAAGGCAUUCAAACAAUCACAUAGCCUGAAAAGGCACAUGGUUGCUCAUACCAAUGAGUAA